CAGCAUAGUAUCCUUAUUGUCCUUUAUAGCAGGACCAAAGUUGCCAGCGAAAUGGAGAUGCUGGUCUUCAGUUUCCAAGCUUGUGCAAUCCAAAAAAGUAGCCUGUGUAAGCGAAGAAACAAACAUAAGUGUUGUAGAAAGAUUGGAUUUGACAUUAAGUUCAAUUACCAAUCACCAAACUGACAAGGACUUCCAAAUUCAAGUUGAGGACAUGCAGAAGUUGCUGAGGGAUUGUGGAGCAAGCAUUAAGGAAAUUGAAGAAGAACUUGAGGGUCUUUAUAGGUUCAUAAUCAAAACCAGAGUUUCCCUUCUCAAUAUCUUCAACUACUAAAUGCGAAACGUUCGACAUGUCCACCACGCUUGGCAAUCACAAAUUUUGAAAAGAGCUAAACAACCUGAGGAUGUUUGUGCUCGAAUGAAUAUGCAUAAAAAUGUAUAUACGAUACUCUAUUUUUAGUGUAAUGAAAAGCCUCUCACAACACAGCUAAAAUCUGAGUUUUGUCCAUUCUUCUUCCACAAUAUAAAGGAGCAGCAAUAAUCCAUAUCACUUUUUUUGCAUUUGAAACUGCAAUCAUUUUCAUAUCCAACACCGAUCUGGGGGGAGAAAUACACUAAUCUAGGGGUAAACACAAGCACAAUAGAAGAAGUAGAGCCAAUUACCUCUAGAGGCCAUUGAAUGACUAAGGCUCAUAACUUGAUAAAUAAGAUUUUAGAAAAAACUUCCAUUUCUUGUAAUUUGAUUUAUUCAAUCUUUUAUAGCAUGAAAAUAUAAAAUUACUUAUCACUGAAUUCAAGUCCAAUUCACUAGCAGAAUUGGAUCUCUUUUAUUAUCUUCCUGGUUCAAAGUUUUUAAAAUUCAAAUCUGAAAAGUAUUCAAAGUUUCAUUUCCAAAUAAUGAAACCUUCAUAACUUUCAGGAUCUACAUCAUCUUCAAAGGUUUAAUUCUCUAAUACCAGUUAUAAGAAAAAUUAGCAAUCAGACUAUAAAUAAAGUAAACAGAAAAUAAUAAUUAGAGUAUUGGCCUCUGUUCCCAGAGCAAGCUAAGAAAUCUAAUUAAAGCUGAAAUUUUUAUAAGACUGAGAUAACUACAAGUAAUAAAAGGAUAUAAUACAGAUUAAGUUAAUAAGAAACAAAAUAGUUGAGGAUAAAAUCUUGCCUGUGCCUUCUAAUCAUUCAAGAAAUAUCAUUACUACAUCUUUUCUACAUUGAUCGUGUUCAGGACAAGUAGAAUCUUUAAUCUGAAAGCAAAUUGCUACCAUACCAUUCAAAUGUGGGAAUCAAUUGCUUCUUUGGGUAACUAAAGCAAGUCUAAAAGAAGGCAAGAACAUGAGCAACUGGACGAAAACCUCAUUAUGAAGCUGGAAACUUGGGAAAACUGUCCUCUUGGUUCCAAAAUUUCUGAUCAUUCAAAAGUAAAUGAUUCAAACAGCAUAAUGACUUGAACUAGUCAGGUUGUUGGUUAUCUCAUAUCAAUUGCGAAAGAAAUUAUAACCUCAUCUCUUGACUUAGCUUUUACAAUUAGAAGACCCUUUUGACACCAAUAUAUAUAUUAUUAGAGGUAGUAGUUUUUUUGGGAACUAAACAAUUUGGGAUGAGGUCAUACAUCAAGAAGACUGUCUUAUAAGUCAAGGGAAAGCUUUUCCACUUAAACUAUGAAGAGCACUGAAAGAUCUAUCAGGAAGUUCAUUUUGAAUUGUGUGUUUAUUGAGAAGGAAUGAGGAAACAGCAGCAUAUUAUAUAAUUCGUUUACUACCUAACAUUGAUGCCUGAAAGUUGUAGAAGACAUGCGUGGUGUGCAGAAGAGCUACAUGCAUGGUUUACAAAGAAUAUGAUAAAAGGAUAGCCAGCCUUGAACUUGGUGGAAGGGAGACAUAGCAGGAACAUUGCUGAGAUGGUGUUUCAGGUCCAAAUUACAAUCACAUGGCUUCUGGAACUUAUUUAAUUUCUUGAGCAUUUUAAAAAUGAGGUAUAGGUUUCAACUGUUUCCUUGGCCUCGGUUAUAUAUAAGGAUCCCUAAACGCCAGAAAAUGAUCAUAAACUUAACCUAUUCAACAGCUUUGCAAUUCAAAAUCUAGGCCUUUUUUCUUCUCAAAAAAUUCCAAUCAAGAAAAAAAGAUGGAUGCCUCGGCCUUGAACCCAAGAAACUCUCUUCAUAUCCGCUCAAACAGUUUGCCCUCAAAGCCACACCCGCUCGUCGAACAAGUUGAUGAGCAAUUGUGUAGAUUGAAGGAGGCCUCAGAAGCUACAUCAUCUUCCUCAUUUGAAUUAUGCCAUAAACUAAAUAGCCUUCAAGAUUUGCAUGAUUGUGUUGAUAGGCUGCUUCUGCUGCCUCUCACCCAACAUGUUCUUGUUGACGAGAGUGAUAAGAAAUGGUUCAAUGAUUUACUUGAAGGAUCUGUAAGACUCUUAGAUUUGUGUGACAUAGCUAAGGAUGCAUUGUUGCAGACAAAAGAAUGUGUCCAUGAACUAGAGUCAGUCUUGCGCAGAGGAAGGGGAGGAAAAAUGUUCAUAGAAAGUGAGCUUCAGAAAUGCUUAAAUUCUAGGAAGUUGAUAAAGAAAACAAUCUAUAAAGCCUUGAACACAGUUGAAACCAAAAAUUGUGAGAAAAAUCAAGCCACUCCAGCUAUUGUUAGUUUGUUAAAACAGGUAGAAACCGUCAGUUACAACAUUGUCGAAUCCUUAAUGUCUUUCCUAGCAGGACCCAAGUUUCCAUCAAAUUCAAGCCGUUGGUCUUUGGUUGCCAAGCUUGUGCAACCCAAAAGGGUUGCCUGUGAAGUUGAAGAAACAAACAGAAAUGAAGUGGCACUGGUUGAUGCUGCAUUACAUUCGAUUGCCAGUCAAAAAACAAAGAAAUCCAAUUUCCUUGUUCAGGAUGACAAUUUGCAGAGCUCAUUGAAGAUGUUUAGUUCAAACAUUCAAGAAGUUGAAGGUGAUCUUGAGGCUCUAUACAGGCGCCUUAUUAAAUCUAGAGUCUCACUUCUUAACAUCUUGAACUACUAAGCCAAAAAUUUCAGAUAGUAGUAUCAUGGCCAAUCCCAUGAAAAUCCAUUUUUGUAGACUGUAAAGAACGCAGUAAAUAUACAAACUUUAUUCAAUGACUUCUGGCAUAAUCUUCUUGAUUAUUGGUUUCUUACUUUCGCACAACAAUAGUAUCAAUUUGCAAUAACCAUAUUUCUGCUCAUCAAACCGUAAUAACUUUAAUUGUUCCAUUAAUCAGACAAGAUGAACUGAUGGAAGAAAAAUAACGAUAAGAUAAAUCACAAAAAUAGUGAUCAUCGAGUAACUUUUUUCUAUGGCUUACGUUCUAGUGUAAUCAUAAUUUGAACGGUCAAGUAAGGAUGCAAA